GCUCCUUCAUGAUGGUGAACAGCUCUGGGAGAGCAUCAGGGCAGAAAGCUCACUUGCUGCUGCCUACACUGAAGGAAAAUGACACUCACUGCAUUGACUUCCACUAUUACUUGUCCAGCAGAGACCGUUCCAGCCCUGGCUCUCUGAACGUCUACGUGAAGGUGAAUGGAGGGCCACAGGGCAAUCCCAUCUGGAAUGUCUCAGGAGUUGUGACAGAAGGAUGGGUGAAAGCAGAACUUGCUAUCAGUACUUUCUGGCCACAUUUUUAUCAGGUGAUAUUUGAAUCAGUCUCUUUGAAAGGACAUCCUGGGUACAUAGCUGUGGAUGAAGUCCGAGUUCUUGCCCAUCCAUGCAGAAAAGCACCUCAUUUCCUACGACUUCAGAACGUGGAGGUGAAUGUGGGCCAGAAUGCAACAUUCCAGUGCAUUGCUGGGGGGAAGUGGUCACAGCAUGACAAGCUCUGGCUCCAGCAGUGGAAUGGAAGGGACACAGCACUGAUGGUCACUCGAGUGGUCAACCACAGGCGUUUCUCUGCCACUGUGAGCGUGGCUGACACGUCUCAGCGCAGUAUCAGCAAGUACCGAUGUGUCAUCCGCUCAGAUGGUGGAUCUGGAGUGUCAAAUUAUGCAGAAUUAAUAGUCAAAGAACCCCCAACUCCCAUCGCCCCUCCCGAGCUGCUGGCUGUGGGAGCCACCUACCUGUGGAUCAAACCCAACGCCAACUCCAUCAUCGGGGACGGGCCCAUCAUACUGAAGGAGGUGGAGUACCGGACAACCACUGGGAACUGGGCAGAAACACACAUCGUGGACUCUCCUAAUUACAAACUGUGGCAUUUGGAUCCUGACGUGGAGUAUGAGAUCCGAGUGCUGCUCACACGCCCUGGAGAAGGAGGCACUGGGCCCCCUGGGCCCCCACUCACAACCAGAACCAAGUGUGCAGAUCCUGUCCAUGGGCCUCAGAACGUGGAAGUUGUUGACAUUCGUUCCCGGCAGCUGACGCUGCAGUGGGAACCCUUCGGCUACGCCGUGACUCGCUGCCACAGCUACAACCUCACGGUCCAGUACCAGUAUGUGUUCAACCAGCAAAAAUUUGAGGCAGAGGAACUCAUCCAAACUUCUUCCCACUACACCUUGCGAGGUCUCCGACCCUUCAUGACCAUCAGGCUGAGGUUAGCCCUCUCGAACCCAGAGGGCAAAAUGGAAAGUGAGGAGCUGGUCGUGCAGACCGAGGAGGAUGUUCCUGGACCUGUUCCCUUGGAAUCCAUCCAGGGAGGACCUUUUGAAGAGAAGAUCUAUGUUCAGUGGAAGCCUCCAAAUGAGACAAAUGGCAUCAUUACACUCUAUGAGAUUACAUACAAGGCUGUUGGGUCUCUGGAUCCCACUGCUGACCUGUCCAGCCAAAGAGGGAAAGUCUUCAAGCUAAGGAAUGAAACACAUCACCUCUUUGUAGGAUUAUACCCAGGGACAACCUAUUCAUUCACCAUCAAAGCCAGCACAGUCAAGGGCUUUGGGCCACCCAUCACAACUCGGAUUGCAACUAAGAUUUCAGCACCAUCGAUGCCAGAGUAUGACACAGACUCCCCCCUGAAUGAGACUGACACUACCAUCACAGUUAUGCUCAAGCCUGCUCAGUCCCGGGGAGCACCUGUCAGUGUCUAUCAACUUGUUGUCAAGGAGGAGAAGCUGCAGAAAGCAAGGAGAGCUGCAGACAUCAUCGAAUGCUUCUCUGUCCCAGUGAGCUACAAGAAUGCUUCCAGUCUGGACUCACCACACUACUUUGCAGCUGAGCUGAAGCCCAUCAACCUGCCUGUCACACAGCCCUUCACCGUGGGUGACAACAAGACCUACAAUGGCUACUGGAAUGCUCCACUUUCUCCCCUGAAAAGCUACAGCAUAUACUUCCAGGCUCUUAGCAAGGCCAAUGGAGAAACAAAAAUCAACUGUGUCCGGCUGGCAACAAAAGGAGCUUCCACCCAGAAUUCCAAUGCAGUGGAACCAGAAAAACAAGUUGACAGCACAGUGAAAAUGGCUGGAGUUAUAGCUGGUCUUCUGAUGUUUGUUAUUAUCCUUUUGGGGGCAAUGCUUACCAUCAAGAGAAGAAGAAAUGCAUAUUCCUACUCCUAUUACUUGAAGCUAGCCAAGAAGCAGAAGGAGACUCAGACCAGCACGCAGAGGGAGAUGGGUCCCGUGGCUGCUUCUGACAAGACCUCCACCAAACUCAGUGCUGUUCACAAUGAAGAAGCUUUUUCUUCCAGCUGCCAAGAUGUUAAUGGAUUCACAUCACCCUCUCCUUGUUCAUUUUCUGUCCAAAGCAAAACCCUUCAGAGCAAAUCUAUGUUGAAUUCCUACUACUCAGUAUCAUCAGACACUGUCCCAUCGACCACGCUGUUAGACAGUAGCCAUGGAGAGAUGACCCAGCCAACCCUGACUAUCCAGACCCACCCGUACCGGAGCUGUGAGCCGGUGGAAAUGUCCUACCCCCGGGGGCAGUUCCAGCCAGCCAUCCGCGUGGCCGACCUGCUGCAGCACAUCACCCAGAUGAAGAGAGGACAGGGCUAUGGCUUUAAAGAGGAAUAUGAGGCACUCCCAGAGGGGCAGACAGCAUCCUGGGAUACAGCCAAGGAGGAUGAAAACCGCAACAAGAACAGAUAUGGAAACAUAAUCUCCUAUGAUCACUCAAGAGUGAGAUUGCAGCUGCUGGAUGGGGACCCUCACUCUGACUACAUCAAUGCCAAUUAUAUAGAUGGGUACCACAGGCCUCGCCACUACAUUGCAACUCAAGGGCCAAUGCAAGAGACAGUGAAGGAUUUCUGGAGAAUGAUUUGGCAAGAAAACUCUGCAAGUGUUGUCAUGGUCACCAACCUGGUGGAAGUGGGCAGGGUAAAAUGUGUUCGAUACUGGCCAGAUGACACAGAGGUGUAUGGAGAUAUUAAAGUCACAUUAAUUGAGACAGAGCCGUUGGCAGAGUAUGUCAUACGCACGUUCACUGUCCAAAAGAAAGGCUACCAUGAGAUCCGAGAGAUUCGGCAGUUCCACUUCACCAGCUGGCCAGACCAUGGGGUUCCUUGCUAUGCCACAGGUCUCCUGGGCUUCGUCCGGCAGGUCAAGUUCCUCAACCCCCCAGAAGCAGGACCCAUUGUUGUGCACUGCAGUGCUGGGGCUGGGAGAACAGGGUGCUUCAUUGCCAUCGACAUCAUGCUCGACAUGGCAGAGAACGAAGGUGUGGUGGAUAUAUUUAACUGUGUGCGAGAGCUGCGAUCCCAAAGGGUCAAUUUGGUGCAGACAGAGGAGCAGUAUGUGUUUGUCCAUGAUGCCAUUUUGGAGGCAUGUCUCUGUGGCAACACAGCCAUUCCAGUUUGUGAGUUCAGAUCCAUAUAUUACAACAUCAGCAGACUGGAUCCACAGACCAAUUCCAGCCAGAUAAAAGAUGAGUUUCAGACUCUCAACAUCGUGACGCCGCGGGUUCGGCCGGAGGAUUGCAGCAUUGGGCUCCUGCCCAGGAACCACGACAAGAAUCGCUGCAUGGAUGUGCUGCCCCUGGACCGGUGCCUGCCCUUCCUCAUCUCCGUGGAUGGUGAAUCGAGUAACUACAUCAAUGCUGCACUCAUGGAUAGCCACAAGCAACCUGCUGCCUUUAUUGUAACCCAACACCCUUUGCCCAACACCAUAGCAGACUUUUGGAGGCUGGUGUUUGAUUACAACUGCUCCUCUGUCGUGAUGCUGAACGAGAUGGAUGCAGCACAG